CUGUGAUGUGCUUAAACGUCGAGUGGACACCGUCAGUUGAUAGUAAACAUGUUAGUGUGCCGAGAAAGGAACAGGUGUAGAGAACAGGUAACCGACGACGGUCUGUAGUUAAAGAAACAUGACAGUGAAAGCUUCUCUUACCACAACUCAUGCUGUGUUUCUGAACUAAAAAGUAAACUAGCUAGUGUGUUUGGGUGGAGAAAGGGAGGAAUGGCCCCCUUCAGGAAGCUAAGUAAAAAAGAAAGAAGAUUAUAUGUUCAAUCCAAGACGUGCUUCAUCUCACCAAUCACUCCAACAUGGAGUCCACUGCCUCAAGAUAGCAUGCAUUUCAUCCUGAAUACCCUCAAGGACAAGUUGCUUUCCACUGGUCUUCAGAAAAAAGAGAUCAAAGUGUUUCGCCCUUGGAAGAAAAAGACAGAAAAGAAUCCUGCCUCCUCACCAGAAUCUGUUUCUGAGAUGACCCAGGACGACUCUGUACAGGAUUCCCCUAAAAAUGGGUGGACAAAUGUGGCAGCCAGAAGACAACUUGCCAUUGGUGUUAACGAGGUCACCAAAGCUCUGGAGAGGAGCGAGCUUAAACUAUUGCUGGUGUGCAAGUCUGUUAAACCGAAACACAUGACGGAUCAUUUGAUCGCUCUGAGUGUAACCAGAGGUGUCCCGGCCUGCCAGGUGCCUCGGCUGAGCCAGAGCCUGUCCGAGCCACUUGGGCUGAAAAGUGUCCUGGCAUUGGGAUUCAGACACUGUGCCUCCAAUGACGAUGACAUGUUCACUGACACUGUGGAGGCUAUUACACCCAGGGUGCCUUCACUAGAUGUUGCUUGGCUACACGGUGCUGCGCAGAGUGUUCAACCUCAGGACCAAAUUGAGCCUGAGAAGGAGGUGGAGGAAGAGGAGGUGGAGGAAGAGGAGGGGGAAGGUGUUACCAAUAAGGGACAGAAAAGGAAACUUAAGAGUGAACCUGAGGUCACAGAGUCUGCCCCAUCCUGCACACUGCUACCUCUCAAAGUGAGGAAAAUUAUUCCUAAUCCUGCAAGGAAAAGAAAAACAAAGCCUAAGUCAUAGCUGGGAGAGCAAAACAGAAAUUGUUAAAUUAUAGAAAGAGGCAUAUUUAGAAUUUUUUCUCAGAGCAGUAGUUUCCUGUGUUUCUUUAGAGCCCCUCAAUGAAGCAGAGUUGUGAGCUACCUGUGAGCCCCUGUCAAAGCUUAUGCAUGGCUUCAGUUUGGACAUUAAAUGACAUGAGUUUUUUUUCAGGUAUGUAUAAUUUAAGAUCGUCCAGAUGCUUUGAGGAUCAAACAUUAUUUGGAAAAAUGUUUUUAAAAAGUCUGAAAAAUCAGUUCUGUAUAACAUUAUUUUUAUUCUAACGUAUUUUCAUGUGCUGCCUUAGAUUUAUGUUAAAAAGCAUCCCAAACCCAGAGUUGGGUUCUCAUAAACUUGGCUGACCAUUUACACAUCUUCUGUAUGAUUUUUUCUGACAUUUCUCACAGCUGUUGGUUUUUGUGUUUGGCAUUAACAUUAGAUUUAAUUGAGUUUGAACUGUAGAUCUCUCUCUACGCACCUGCAACUUGCUUAAGAUAAUUCAUAAUGGGGCGCCGUUGGCCUAGCGGUCCAAGCGCACACCCUAUACACAGAGGCCAUAGCCCUUGUCGCAGAGGUUGCAGGUACCAUUCCAACCUUGGCCAAUUCACUGCAUGUCCUCCCCCAUUUUCUGCUCCCCACAUCCCCAGUCUCUCUUCAGCUGUCCUUUCGAUUUAAAGGCAAAAAUGCCCCAAAAUAUAACUUAAAAAAAAAAAGUGAACUACAGCUGAAACAUUAAACCGAUCAGGGCUUUGUUUUUUAGUAACAAAAUUCAGCCUGGUCUUUAUUUUUUCCAAACUCAAGUUCAUCCCCUUCACCAAACAGACAAACAGUUGGUAGAACAAAAUGAUAGCGAAUAUAUUUAUUAGUAGGUUAAACAUCAUGUCAUCUCUAGUUCCGAGCUGUUUGUAAUACUUUACAAAGCAGUUGACUUACCUAAUGCAUUGCAAAGAAAAUAUGAAUGAAAAUAGUUCAAAAUUAGAAGCAGGUUUUCUGUGUUUGAAUGAGCAAUCGUUCUAAAGCAGUUCAGUCAUUCUUUUAGUCGGUUAUGGGUAGAAACCAACAGCUGCAAAACUCUUAGAGAGAAAGAUUUGGAGUUUAGGCUGCUGUUUUCAUGUUUGAACUAAAUUGGUUAAACUUAGUUUGAAUACUUGAAGUCAGCUCUACCCAGGACAUUUACAAUGAUGCAUCUGUUUCUGGAUAAUGUGUACUUACAAAUGAUAUAUUUUUCAGGCUCUUUUGUAAUUCAAAAAAUAGUCAGAGUUAUAUCUGUUGUACUCAUACAUUAACAGCUGAAUUUGUUUUGUAGUCUUAUUGUGUCAAAAGGAAGGGCAUCAGUCAUUCUCCUUUUUAAAGUGAGUUUAUUCAAUCAAAUAUCCAUGCUGGUAUAGCUGACGAGUGUGUUGAAACAGAUUGUUAUUUGCAUGGGGUCAUGUCUAAAUGAUGCUGGUACGGUUUUUCAGCUUUUUCACAGCUUACAAUGGAUUUGAAUAAAAAUAU